AUGACAUCCGUCUUCGGCGUCUCGGCUGGCGACUUCAUAGCUACAGGCAUCUUGAUCAAGAACCUCAUCCAAGCCUUGCGCGUGUCCGCCGCCUCCGAGCACCUCGAGCUCUGUUCAGAGCUCGACGGACUCAAGCGCGCGCUCCACGAGAUCGAACAUCUGAAAUGUAGUCCUGAGCAGGAGCGAGAUGUGAAUGCUGUGAAGGUCGCAGCGCUCCGCUGCCGGCAUCCUUUGGAGGACUUCGAGAAGAAGCUCGUCAAGUAUUGGAGCAUUGGGACACAGCCGACGAGUACGACUGGACGGAUAGUCAGGAUUGGUCGGAAGGUGCAGUGGAGUGUGAGUAUGCAGGACGAUGUGGAUAGGCUUAGGGCAGUGAUUGCGGCGCAUGUUGGGAGCUUGAAUAUGCGUCUUCUGACGCUGGGACUGAAUGCUAUACUGUUGGAAUCUAGCACUUUGGCUGAUGCGUCCACGUCCUCGGAUGCGCUCCAGCGGGAGAUGCCUGCGAUCCGCUCGGAGAUUAUCAACAUGAGUGGAAUGGUGUCAAAGAGCACCACAAUGCUGUCGUCACUCAAAGACCUUGUAACUCUGAAUCUUGUGCCGCAACUCUCCCACUUGACUGAUUUUGCACUCAAGAUAUGGACGACCAAUUUGGAUAUCCUGGCAAAACUUUCGGAUGUAUCUAAUCAGUUGGAGAUAGAUCUAAAGCACACUCAUUUCCAGGCACAGUUCAUAUUCGAAGAUGCAUCGGGGAAUAUACUGCCUUUGCCGCCCGAGCUCGGAUGGAGGGGCAUGAACGCCAUCGUAAAGGACCGCUACCUCACCGGCCCAGGCCAUCGCAAAAUCGCCGCUGGCGAGUACGAGCUAUUCCACACACGAGACCGCAACCAGCUCAUCACAAGCGAUACAUACCCUCUCCUGCCGCCCGGAUCGCGCAUAACGAUGUCUCUGAUCAUCGGCCGCUACGAAGACUGGCAGUCGCGGAAUUGCUCGCGGCCGGGCUGUGCCUCGCGUAGCUUUAGCCGGACGAGUGCUGGUGGAUGGACAUGCGAUGCGUGUGCGGUCUGGUUCGACAAAUCGCACACCAUGAUCCCCCGACCGUUCCGCGAGCUGCACCUCGACGAUCUCGACGACGUGUCCGCAAGCCUCCUCCACGCGCAUCAUGUUCCGGGGGGAGGCACAAAGCGCCGUGCGGCCGGGCUUGCCGAACGUCGUCUCACGGUGCGACAGAUCUUCGAUAUGAUCACCACACUGCGGGACGACCGGAAGUGGUUUAAGAAUAUCUCGGUUAUCGAAAGUGAUCUGUCGGAUAUCGAGGCGUAUAUCAGCUCGGCGACCGUGGCCGAGCAUGGACGGCCGAAGAAAGUGCCGAGAGGAGCGCGGAGCUCGAAAGUGCGGGCGCCAAAAGGGGCGAUUGAGCGAGACCGGGAACUCGUUAGCAAGGCUUAUGCCGUUGUGAGCGAUCUUAUAGGUUAUGAUGUGCUUGAUGAACAGAUAGAGGAUUAUGACACGACGUUUGCUAAUUUCGGCUUCGAUUCUCUCCUGGCUGUCCAGCUGCCGUUGUCACUGGAAGAAGCGCUGGGGUAUCGAGUCACGAUAACACCAUAUGAGCUGAUGAGCCAGGAGAUGACGAUGGCAAAAUUCAAGACGCUAAUCCUGAGUGCCAAUCCGAAGGCCUGA